UUGGUGCACAAGCACCGGUUUAUAAUUAUAAUUAUUUUUAACCAAAUAAAACAACUAAAUCACGGCAUUUGAACACCGCGAGAGGCUAAUAAUAACCGCCAGAGAGUGAGGCGCAGCGUGAAUUGAUCAACAACGGGCGAGGAAAACACUGUCCCCAGGGACAAAAUGGACCUCCUCGAUUCUAUACUGAACGCCAUGGACGCGCCGCCAGCGAACAAUGAGCAGCAAAAGACGCUAAUCAAGAAGCAGCGGGAAAUGAUGGAGCGAAUGCAGAACAAACAGAAGGAGGAGCUGCUCCGCUUCCGGAAGUAUGUAGACGAACGGAUGGGCCGAUUUGCCAAGGACGACAGAAAGUGUAUUGAGUUCCAGCCGCUGGACAAGGUCCAUCGCUCUGUAAUACACGAAAUAGCCGAAAACGGCGGCUUCAUAGCCAUGAGCUUCGGUCGAGAGGAUGUGGACAGACAUUCGGUGGUAUACAAAAAGGAACAUGCUCCCGGGGAGGACGAAGUCACGGCCCGGCGAAACGGUGACGGCUGGAACGCAGAGAUAGCCAAAGAAUACGCUGAGAGGCGGAGAGAGCGGCUGGCCCAGGAGCAAAGCGAUAAGCAGGCCUCCACAUCCGAAGCGUGCUCCUCUUCCGCGACCGGAGAUCAAGACAGUGGGGAAGUAAAGCCCACUACCAACUACAAGGCCAAGUAUGCCCACCUUAUCGGAGAGUCGGCCGCUCUGCAGGCGGCACGGAAGACGGAGACCAACCAAAGCUAUGGGUUCGUGCCCAGCAAGAACAAGAAGGACAUGCGUUCCAUCGAACAAACGCUGGCCGAUAUUCAGGCCAAGAAGCGCCUGCGGCUGCAGCAGAAACAGGACUUGGAGCAGGAACAGGUGCAGGAGGAGGCAUCCACAUCCACAGAGGACCCAUGAACACGCUGGGGUUUCGUUAGUUUAAAGAAAGCUCACCUAACACAAGGCUGUCAUAACUCCAAGCAAGCAAUUUUUGACUUAAUGUUAUUCUAUCCCCUAUUUCAUAUUGUAUACUCCGUAAAAGGAUUAUAAGUUUCUUUUCAUGCGAAGAGAACAUGCCUUUCGGCCCGGUUCUUAGUUCUAGUCCAAUCAAAAUCUGAGGAAUAGGAAUUGAUAAAUCUUCUUUACCAAAACAUAAUUAUUUAAUUUAAAUUGUAAAUUUCCCUCAAGACUUUGUCCGAAGUCUUAAACACCAAGCUUUUACAAAAUUCCAGUCCACACCUUUUAAUUGCCUCUAGAAAGAGAGCUGGCCGAUUAUCAUCUUUAUAUAGGAUAUGUAAAUCGAAUGCCUUAAUAACGUUUUUCCUACAAAUGCCUUUGUUUUGGAAUUAUGACAAUCUUAUGCUAGUAGUGAGUCUAAUGAUUAGUUUUGUUGAUUCAGAGAUUAGUCACAUGCAAGGUCCCACGACUGCCAUGUAAAUCAUAAGAAAUAAGCAAUAUAAUUUGUUGGCCAAUUAGGAUGCGAUAGUUGAAAGUGUUUAGGACAAGUCAUGUAUCCACGGCAACGUCCAAUUCGCAAUAUCUAUUUAUAUAAUAAAACAAAAUAUAGAAAAACAGAA